AUGUGGCAAAGGAGGAAAAUGAUUGUGGCAGAAGAAGUCCAGCAAGAUGAUGACCAGCCAGAGAAUACCCAGAAAUCUCAAAAGGAGCUCAUUGGGAAAGUUACAUUCAAGAAGAAAACUCCAAAUAAGAAAAAAAGCAAUGAAGAAAGUGGUUCAUUGGGGGAAAAGAAUAAUGUGAGUACAAAACAUGCACAAUCAAAAAAAAGACUUCUUAAAUUUGAUUCACAUGAAAAAAGUUUGAAACAGAAUUUAGAUUCACCUGAUGAGAUGAAAAAAAAUGCAAAAAAGAAACCUGAUACAGUUAAAGAACAUGAGAAAUCAUUCAGGCAUGGCUUCUCUGAUACAAAGAAAGACAAAAAGGAAGUCGGAAAGAAAUGUGAGAAAUUAUCCAACCAUAAUUUGUCUGGUAAGUGUGACAAAACUCAAAUUGGCAAGAAAAGUGACAAAUUAUGCCAUCCUAGCUCAUCCCCUGCUAAGCAAGACAAAAUUAAAACUGGAGAAAAACGUAAUAAAUCAUCCAGCCAUAGUUCAUCUACUAAGCCUGGCAAAACGGAAGCUUCUGUGAAACCCUAUGAAUGUAAUCAAUGUGGGAAAGUUCUUAGCCAUAAACAAGGACUCAUUGACCACCAGAGAAUUCAUACUGGGGAGAAGCCUUAUGAGUGUAACGAAUGUGGGAUAGCCUUUAGCCAAAAGUCCCACCUCAUUGUACAUCAGAGAACUCACACGGGAGAAAAACCGUAUGAAUGUACUCAGUGUGGCAAAGCCCAUGGUCAUAAACAUGCCCUCACUGACCACUUAAGAAUUCAUACUGGAGAAAAGCCCUAUGAAUGUACUGAAUGUGGGAAAACCUUCAGACAUAGCUCAAACCUUAUUCAACAUGUGAGAUCUCAUACAGGCGAGAAGCCUUAUGAGUGCAAGGAAUGUGGGAAAUCCUUCAGGUAUAAUUCGUCUCUUACUGAGCAUGUGAGAACUCAUACAGGUGAAAUACCAUAUGAAUGUAAUGAAUGUGGCAAAGCCUUUAAGUACAGCUCAUCCCUGACUAAGCAUAUGCGAAUUCAUACUGGCGAGAAACCCUUUGAAUGUAAUGAAUGUGGGAAGACAUUCAGCAAGAAGUCACACCUCCUUAUACAUCAGCGAACUCAUACAAAGGAGAAACCUUAUAAAUGUGAUGAAUGUGGGAAAGCCUUUGGACAUAGUUCAUCUCUUACAUAUCAUUUGAGAACACAUACAGGUGAAAGUCCCUUUGAAUGUAGUCAGUGUGGGAAGGCCUUUAAACAAAUUGAAGGCCUUACUCAACACCAGAGAGUUCAUACUGGGGAGAAACCCUUUGAAUGUAAUGAUUGUGGCAAAGCUUUUAGCCAAAAGGCACACCUUAUUGUACAUCAGAGAACUCAUACAGGGGAGAAACCUUUUGAAUGUAAUGAAUGUGGAAAAGCAUUCAAUGCAAAGUCACAACUUGUUAUACAUCAGAGAUCCCACACUGGAGAGAAACCCUAUGAAUGUAGUAAAUGUGGGAAAGCUUUUAAACAAAAUAUAUCCCUUACAAAACAUAUGAAAACUCAUUCAGAAGAGAAAUCUUAUGAAUCAAGUUAAUGCAGGAAAGUAUUUUUGCGUUUUUAUUAGCAUAUCUUAGUUGUAAGUGGGGGUUUACUGUGAUAUUCUUGUACAUUCAUAUAGUAUACCCCAGUCAAACUCACCUCCUUCGUAGUGCCUCUUCUCUCCCACUUCUUAAAACAAUUCCAAUAAGUUACAGUGUUCUAUUUUCAUACAUGUAUAUAAAGUACUUGGAUGAUUAGCCCUUCAUAUGAGAAAUUUGAUAGCUGAACUGAUGGUUUUAUUUAACCUUAGAGAUAGUCUGAACUUGAAAAAUGUUAGAAAACCUUUAGACAUUGCCUUGUUCUACAUGAGAGAAUUCGAAUACAGAUCUUACAUAGAAGUAACGGAUGGAAAUGAGAGAUUAGCUUGAUAUCACACUCCAACCAAAAAAAUACUUUUAUGAUUCUCAACUGUUGUACAUGAGCUAGAUGUUAAGAUUAAAACAUAUUUUAAAAGCCCUAAAAAACAUAAAAAGAUUAAAACAUAAAGUUCAAAUUGUGAAUCAUUUGAAUAAUCAGAGCAUUGAAGGAACAGGUUAACUGUGCCAACAGUUCCUAAGUUGUUUGGAUUCUGUGUAUUUAUAUACCAUAUAUUAGAAUUGCAUUUGCCUAUCUAGUAAUUACCAUGCAAACACAUGCACUCAUCGCCAUUAAAGAUGUUAUCAAGUAGCGCUUAAUGUGUAUCCAAGUUUAUAAACAAAUAAAAAGGUUUAUAAAAGGCU